AUGCAAUGCCUUCGGCAACCGCGAGCCGUGUGUUAUUAUCAAAUUCGAUUUAAAACUGUUAAAUUUAAACCAAAAAUUGCGCGAACAAAACCAUUAAAAACGCCAUCAGCACUAGCUUUAGAUCAUUUUGACUUUUAUUAUGGACCAUUAUUCGGAAAGAAGUGGCCCAGUAUUCGAUUAGGGCUUUUGUCGCCUAAUAAAUAUGUGGCUGUUAUGAAUACUAUGUGCAGAAAUUGGAAGCCUCACGAGGAAAUUCUUAUCGAUUUGGGAACCCAAGACUUGCUCGCCACAAUUCGCGGCAAAAACGAGGACGAUGUAAUCGAGAAAAAGCGGCAGCAAGUUGAUCAGAAAGCUGAUGAAGACACGAAACGAGCUAAGAUUGAGCUAUCAGCAUCAAAUGAGACUUCCGAAAAUGAAAUCGAGAAAAAUGAGUUGGCUGAAGAGAAAAUUUAUCGAUCUGCGGCAGGAUUGUCAGAGUUUCGAGAAAGUCGCGGUGAAUUGUCGACGGCUCAACUUCAAAUGGGAAGUGAUAAAAAGAAGAAUGUCGAUUUUGAGAUCACUGGAUAUGAGGGAGAAGGUGUUCGACUACCGCUGCGAGACCACUUUCUUUAUUAUCCGAAACAUUUGCGAAUUCAAUGUUUUGGUCGAGCGGUUUUACAUGAUUUUCCGGCCCCGAUGAAAGAUGAAGUUGGGGUUCCGAGUUAUUGGCUACUCGACGGCGGCUCAUUGCUGCCUGUAUUAGCGCUUGGAUUACAAAAAGACGAAAGUGUGCUCGAUAUGUGCGCAGCUCCCGGUGGAAAAAGCCUUCUUGUGGCGCUCACUCAUUUGCCAAGCAAAAUUGUGUGCAACGAUUUCAAAUUGUCAAGGCUUGGACAGCUGAAACGAGCACUGAUGACGUAUGUGCCUGAAGACAAUCCGGCGAUUGACAAAUUUGUGCUAAAACGGAAAGAUGCGGCUGACGUCAAAAAUUGGGAUGAAUUCGAUGCUUAUGAUAAGGUGUUGGCCGAUGUUCCUUGCUUGACUGAUCGGCUGUCGGUUUCGACGGAUGAAGGCAACAUUUUCAGCACUUCGUCAACUCAAUUGAGACUUGAUUUGCCGAUUUUGCAGACCAAAAUUCUUGUGAAUGCGAUUAGAUCAGUUAAAGUUGGAGGCUCGGUUGUCUACUCAACGUGCACAUUGUCGCCAAGUCAGAAUGAAGCGGUUGUAGAAAAUGCUGUAGCGAUUUGCAGGAACGAAUUUGGAAUUCAGAUUGUCGAAGAAAAUCUGAAGCAGAUUGUAUCACACAUGACAGCAACUGGAUUAUAUAGAUUUCAUAAAACUCAAAUCGGAGCGCUUGUCAUACCAUUUUUGCCGUCGAAUUUUGGCCCCAUGUAUAUCUAAAUGGCAGACGCUCAAGAAAUCAAGCAGCUGAAAAUCAAAACUGGUGUCUUGAAGAGGCUUGUGAAGGAAUUCCAUGCUUACGAGAAGCAAUCCAAAAAGGACGAGGAAAAAGCCGAAAAAAUGAAAUCCGAGGCGAAAAAUGAGGACGAUGAGUAUGCAGCUAAAAAGGCCGCCGAAGUUGCUCGUGAAACUCUUGGAAUGGUCCGUGACACCAGAAGCCGAUUGACCAAAGCCGUCGCUGAUAUUCAAACAUUUUUGUCGUCGUCUCAAUUCUCAGAAGAAAGUGCCGAGCUCAAAGAAGCCAAUGAGCAUUUGGAAGCAGCCAAUAAGGUUAUCUCGGCUUAA